GUAUUUUUUAUUGUUUUUUAUUCUAAACAUACAACACAAAUAGAAUACGUUGUUGCUGUCGCAAAGUUGUCCUACUUGAAGCAGUCAUGUUAGCUGAGUCUGAGGGUCCAAAGCCAAUUGGGUCAGAAGCACUGUGGAAGUCCUCCAUUAUUGUGAACAAUACCAAACAUCCAGUAACUCACCACCAGCACAAGCGGCGUGCGCCCAUUCAAAGAAGCUGCUUCCUGGGCCUUGAAACGAAGCCCGAGCUGCUAUGGGAGGACUGGGAUGAAGGCGGAGAAUUCACCAAGUCGCUAACAUUAAAGAACAUCGGCCUCAAGCUCCAGAAACUUCAGUUAAGACCUCCGGUGACCAAAUUCUUCAGCAUCUCCAGUUCCCGCAACGUCGCCGUGAGCCCAGGGACGACUUUGUCCAUACCGGUCACUUUUAAACCUGAAGAGAAGUGCAAGUACGAGGACAGCAUCGAGUUUCACGGCAAAGAUGGCAGCUUCCAAGUAUCGCUUCAGGCUGUGGUUCCCUCUCCAGCCCUCGAAGUUCCCGACACUGUGCUUCUUCCACUCUGUGCGGUGCAUCAAGCCGCUUCUGCUCCUUUUCUGCUGAAGAAUCUCAGCAAACUGCACACGUACUUCCACUGGGAGUGUCCGGAACCUUUUCAAGUGAGUCCGGAGGAAGGCGUGCUGAAGCCCAGCCAGGAGAUUCAGCUCAUGGUUGUGUUCCAGCCACAGCAGGCGCUCUUGUACAACAAACUGGCUGCUUGCCGUUUCGGGGAGGAAGGGGAAAAAGCCGACUGCUGCGUCGCCGUGCGUCUUCAGGGAGUGGCCAAGUACCCGUGUCUUCAGUUGAGAAGCCCGAGUUCGAAAGCUGAGCAACAACAUGGCGGUCCCGUGCUAAACUUUGGUUCUGUCGCAGUCGGACAAAGUGUGCAGAAAUGUUUUGACAUCUGUAAUCCCUCGCAUGUGAGUAAGGCUGGAUUUUAAAAG